UACUUUAAACAUUUUAAUGCUUAUCCAAACACGACAUAAUAAAAUAAUAGCUGCUAAACUGCUUGCACUCACAGGCACAAGCACCGAUGGCCAUUUCCGUUGUGCGAUCACCCACAUGGGAAGAAAUUGACAGCGCUGAAAGUUAUCUUGUGUGCUGUAUGUUCGAUGAAUCGGCGUCCUUGUCGUCCUCUAUUCUAUCGAGAUUGCUUGAAAAUUGUGAUUAUAAAAGAAAGGGAAACCAAUUUCCGGAGAAUUACGAAAAUGAAUGGGAUGAUAUGUUGGAAUCAGCGGGCAUGGUUUUGGUUCAAUCCAUGAAGCAGCUCCAAAGGACAUCUGAGAUUUUCAAGGAGCUUAAAUUGUUAUUUGGCUCCGUAGCUGCUAUUCCUGCGCAAGUUUUCCUCGCCGGGGUGUGUUUUCAUAUGUCAGAAGGCCACUUGACUGUUGCCCAAGGCUUUCUUGAGGAAUUUCUUAACAAUUGGAAAUAUGUGGAUCAGCGGUAUUAUCUUCUCUUGAGCGCAGAAGCUAAUGCAUCCGACAUAGAAGGAUCUUGUUAUAGGUUUUCUAUAGGAGUCAAUGAGUAUUUGGAAGUUGUUGAGCUUUAUGUGAUGUCACUGCUUGCAAUGGCUAUAAAAGACACAGAUCUUGCUAUUUCUUGGGUAGAAAAAGCCAUGCUACCUGAGGAGAGGCGUCAGGAAUUUUUGAGGCGGUUACAUUCAAUGAGUUCUUCCAAGGUCAACACUUCAUCACAAGCUUCUAUGUCACCUCAGCAGACAGAUGAACACAAAACAAACUCUGAUCCCUUUGGAGAACAAAAACAGUAUAAUGGACAUCUGAAAGAUUUUGAAUCUGGACAUCUAGCUGGUGGAGGGAAUACUACAAAACAGGAAAUUCUGAAAUUGUCUAGACACAGAGUUCCAUACUUCUGGUGGUUCCCUUCCAUCAAUCUGAAAUUUGGCAACUAUCGAUUAGUUGUACCUAGUGGAAAAGUCUUGCUAUCUUGCUUAUUGUUGCUUAUCUAUUAUUUUAUGAGGAGGAAGCAAGCUGCAUUAAAGAGGGUUUUUACAAACAAAGCUGUAUCCAUCAAAAAGGCUCUGGUCGACUUGUGGCAACUUGCAUUCUCAUACCAAGUGAACCCUCUAGCCGCUGUUCAACCCCUCCCUACUGCAACUCGUGGAAGCUACUGAUGUUGCAUUCUUCCACUUUUGUCUAACUAGUCGAGCUAUUAUGAGAUUGAUUUGCCUUACCCUUUUUGAUUUACACCGUUGCUGCUGGCAGUUGUGCGCAUACAAAAAAAAGAUUAUGUGGGGGUACUUCAGCACAAGGUCAUCUUGCAAGAACCGUGUAUUGUUGUAUGUGGAGUUUUGAGAUCCCUUGUUUUGUAUGUGAGGUACUCGAAUGCUUAUUGCGCGUAAGCAUUUCUGAUUCAUUAUAUAUAUACAAUAACAUCUCUUAUUGAACUACAGAUGUAAUUGCGUAUGAAUGAAAGUUUAGAAUCCUUUUGACAUUAUUUUUC